GAAAAUCCUCGGACUGAACCCUCCGCGAGGGUGCCGGCUGGAAAUGGGCACUACAGAGCAAUCCCGUGCGAUGUCGGGAGGGUGUCCAGCUAAGAUCAGGGAUCAGUGCUGUGUGCUUAUGCGUUUUCAUCGCUAUGCCAUACGGAAAUGGUCUUUGAUCGUGGUCUGGAGGUAGGGGCUGGAUCAAGGCGUUACGCGUACCGUACUGAGGAUCAGCCUGGCUGGGAGCCCCUAAAUAGCCCAGUCGCUAACGGAGCCCUCUGGGAACCAGGCCGCACCCGGUUGCAUUCGAUGGCCUUACCCUGGGUACUGCGGAUCUCUGCCCGGGGCCGACGAACCCUUUCUCCGCGACUCGUGGGAAUAUGAGCGAUUUAAAAAAUAAACUAAAAUCAACAACAACGGAAAUUGAGACCGGCACUCAUAAAAAGUCGGAAGGGCAGUUGCCCAGACACCAUGGGGCCCAUGCGAUGCAGGGUCCCUCUACUAGCCACGACGUGGCCAGCACUAGUGGGGUACGUAAGCCUCUGGCGAUGCCGGGGUCAGGCGUAUCCACAAAAGCGGAAAGGAAGAGGGUGGGGGAACCGAAACGGGAUUUUCCCGGCACCAGUGAAGGCAAACCUGGCUUGCAGCUUGCAGCCCCAGGGGGCGCCAGAGCUGAUACGCGGGCCCCGCCUCCCCCUACUCCUACUGCAUUCACAAGGCCUGAUGACAGGCCACCACCAAGCGCAGCCAUUGCUAAGCACAGGAAGGCUGCCAUGAGGAUCUUGAAGAGAUCCGCAUUAACCCCGGACCUAUGUAGCAGGGCGCUGCCCUGUCACGUGGAAGAGAUCCGGUCGGAGAUAGCGUGGGCAAUGACGAUAGUGCCCGACUAUCAGCUGCCGGUGCUCGGAGAGCCACCAGCUGCGGAAAAGCGCAAUAGAUCGAUAGAGGUUGCGCAAAACAAGUCGAAGAGAGCCAGGACGCAAGGCCUCACCUUUGCUGAGGUAGCCAAAAAUCGGAUCCUCCUGGGUGUGCUCGAUGAGAACCAGGAAGACGAAUUGGCUCUGAGAGCUCAUUGGAAAUGGGUUAAAGCGGAAUUGACGAACAUCUGCGUUAGCGUGCUUCGGGAGCACCCCGGACCACCUCCGAUAUGCCGGGACGCAGGUUGGUUCCAAGGCAACGUCAAGAUCGUCGCGUGCGACGAUGAAAGGUCGGCGGGCAUGUACAAGAAGGCGAUGGCCAUGCUGGGAGAGGUCUACCCCGGAGCGAUGCUACGGGCUGUGGACUUCAAGGACAUCCCAUCCAGGCCCAGAGCAAGGGCAUGGAUACCGGCCAAACCGACCGAACCAGAGAGAGUGCUUGAGAUUAUAAGGCUCUUUAAUCCCGAGUUACCCUCUCACAAUUGGAAGGUGGUGCGGCUAGAGCAUAGCACAAAGGCGACUCGUCAGGUGGUCCUUUUGCUAAAUAAGGAGUCGUUGCCACUCCUCGAAAAGACUGGGGGCGUCAUCAAUUACGGUUUCGACACCGCAAAGAUAAGGGUGUACACGAACGACGUGAACGCAGCAAGAGGCAACGAAGUUGAGCCGGAAGCAGACAACAGCGAGGAUGAGGUGGACGAGGAAUCCAACCAGGCCAAUCCGAUGGAUGACCUGGCUGGUGGAUACGCCUCAUCUACAUCCUCUCUGGGAGUCGACCAUAUCUUCCGGCAAUACACAGAAGAGGAGCUGAUGUCAGAUGACGACGAGGCGAACUCAACAGUGGUGGAGGGGGUGGGAAGGUGCGGCCAAGAUGGUUCGCGUCCUCCAGAUUAAUCUCCACCACAGCAAAGCAGCGUCGGCUGCACUGCUGCUCCAGCUCUCCAAGGGGGCAGCAGACAUCGCCCUCAUCCAGGAGCCUUGGGUGAUAGGGCAUGGAAUAUGCGGGCUGAAGUCGGCAGAGCACACUUUGAUAAGUGGAGCUACCAUAGUUCAGUGACGAGGACACCACCACCAUCAGUCUGGAGGCGAACGGACGACAAAUAAGGCUUGCCUCGAUGUAUCUGGCACAUGACAGGCCUGUUCCAACCCUACCGGUCGAACAUUUAGUGGAGCGCUGGGACGGGGCCCUGAUUCUAGGAGGUGAUGCAAAUGCACACCAUAGCACAUGGGGAAGUGGAGACAUCAAUGAACGGGCUGUGUGCAGCCAAGGCGUGUUCAAGGCGCAAACAAAGUGGUGUUGAUUGAUCAGCUGAUUGGAUAUUUUUGUCUCUACACUAGUACAGGAGAAUGUCAUCCAAGACGAAGUGGCGCACCUUUAGGAUGUCAACUAAACGAAAUGACGAAAAUUAUCUCCUAUUCCCUUUCGUAUUGGCAUCCUCCUGUACCAAAAAGCAAUAACAAAAUACACGGGACUUUUACUUAUAUGCAAUUGCCACCACCUUGUAUGGUGUGGUGUAUACGCCUUGGGCGUAUUCAAUAAGGUGGUAUCGGUACGACAAUAACUAAAUGUACAUGCAUUUUGUUUUUGCUUUUGCGGCGAGGACUGUCAAAAAUAUCAUACGAAGAGUGUGAAAGAGAACAGAAAAUAAUAAACAAUCAACAGCUCCAACCAAUCAACAACAGUCAUUUGGCAUAUGAAGCCGUGAGGCGAAGAAAAAUAAAAGGGUACUGCUAUCACCUUCUGAAUACAACUUGCGUCCAGCGUUGCCGUUACGCUUAGACUGGAACUUCAAGUCGUUUCAACUUUCUUGCUUUGCUUUUGACAUUUUCGUUAUUUCCCAUUUAAAGAACCAAAAACUUGAGUUCAACACAAUUGAAGCGUGUAAAAACAAAUAGAAAACACAAAAGAGAAUGAGCAAGAAUUGCUUUCAAGUACUUGAAUCAUGUAAAUCGGGUGUGUAUGCAUGGAGUCGAAAAAGUCGAUAACGUGUUAACCGAUGAUUAGUGUCAACCAGGCUAUGAUCAACCGGCCCUAAACGUUAAAAUUUUCUUACUUUUACUUAAUUUUUUCUACAGUUCCUAUCAAACGAAAGCAAAAACCAGAAAUGAAGUUUCAUGAACUAUAUAGCAGUUUAAGGGCCUUGUUCUGUAUCACGAACGAUAGGCAAAACGAACG